AUGUUCGCGUGGUCGCCAUCUGACAUGCCUGGUAUCGACCCAAAUAUCAUCUGCCACCAGCUCCAUGUCAACCUUGCUAGCAAGCCCAUGGUGCAGAAGAUACUCAACUUCGCUCCCGAGCAGGUCGCAAUCAUUGAAGCCGAGAUCGACAAGCUUCUAGCUGCCGGUUUCAUUGAAGAGGGUUCUACUCGGAAUGGCGGGCCAACGUUGUUUUGGUUGCGAAACAAGAAAAGGGCAAGUGGAGAGUGUGCGUCGAUUACACCGACCUCAACAAAUCAUGCCUUAAAGACAACUUCCCAUUGCCGAGGAUCUACCAGCUUGUGGAUUCAACUUCCGGCAACCAGUUGCUCAGCUUCAUGGACGCCUACUCCAGUUAUAAUCAAAUUAUGA